GUCGAGCGGGUCCCCGCGCGCGUGUGCGGCCCGGGCCCGCGGCGGGCGACGCCGGAACCUGGCCAACCGGUUCUCCGAGUCGGCGGGUGCGCAGGCCGCGCCGGGCCGCCGCCUGUGCCAAGUCCCCGCCCUGCUCGGGGGUCCGGGGCCCGGCCUGGCGGACGCUUCCGGCCGGCCCCGCGGCGGCCCGUGAAUGACCCACGAGGGACCCCGAGCCCCUCCGCGGGCAGCGUCUCGCGGAGCCAGGUCUCCUCAGACUCGGGCGAUUGUUAGUUUCCUGGCUUGGGGGUGGGGCCGCACGCUCUUCAAAAUGCGGGUUCUCAGGCCGCGUUCCCCAAAAUGGCAGUUGAGGUGCGCAGGUUGCUGCCCCGUUGGAAGAUUACCUCCCAGGCCUUCCUUGCCCCGAGUGAUGAGCAGAUUGGCAUGGUACCCCGGGAAGCCCACGAGCCUGCGCAGUGCCUAUGCCCUUUGCUGGCCAGCUCGAAUGCCAAGGAUGUGCUUCGGAGAAAGCACAAGAGAAAGAGCCGACAGCACCAGCGGUUCAUGGCCCGGAAGGCCUUACUGCAGGGGCAGGGGCUGCUGAGCACAGCCCCGGACCCAGGGUCCUCCCCACCGCCCAUGUCUUCGGAGGCGCCCAUGCUCUCGGAAGCACCGUCAGGCCCUCAGGCUGCCAGCAACGGGAGGCAGCGUCCUAGGGCUGGACCUGGAGGUGCCCCAUGCAGCAGAAAGCCCACUCCCAGGGUAUGCACCGGGCCCCUGCCCAGCAAGUGCGUGGCUAUCGACUGUGAGAUGGUGGGCACAGGACCCCGAGGGCGGGUGAGUGAGCUGGCCCGCUGCUCCGUGGUGAGUUACCAUGGCGACGUCCUCUAUGACAAGUACGUCAGGCCUGAGAUGCCCAUCGUGGACUACCGCACUCGCUGGAGCGGCAUCACUCGGCAGCACAUGCGCAAGGCCAUCCCCUUCCAGGUGGCCCAGAAAGAGAUCCUCAAACUCCUGAAGGGCAAGGUGGUGGUGGGGCACGCCCUGCACAACGACUUCCAGGCCCUCAAGUACGUCCACCCGCGGAGCCAGACCCGGGACACCACUUACGUGCCCAACCUCCUCAGCCAGCCCGGCCUCCACACCCGGACCCGUGUGUCUCUUAAGGACCUGGCCCUGCAGCUGUUGCACAAGAAGAUCCAGGUGGGCCAGCACGGGCACUCGUCAGUGGAAGAUGCCAUGACAGCCAUGGAGCUGUACCGGCUGGUGGAGGUGCAGUGGGAACAGCAGGAGGCCAGCAGCCUCUGGACCCACCCUGAGGACAAAGAGCCUGACAGCAGCACGGACGUGGAGCAGUAUAUGGAGGACCAGUACUGGCCUGAGGACCUGGCCCAGGGCACCAGUGGAGGCACAGGGGAGGCACAGGACGGGAGGGCGUGAGGGAGGAGAAGUUUGCUGGUGGCCUCCCGGUGUGGGGAGUGGGGCGGGAAAAGCACCUCAUCUGGGCAGGGCAGGGUGCAGCCAGCUUCCUCCAGGGUCCAAGGAGUUGGGAUUAUCCCUCUUGACCCUUGUGUGUGCCCAUGGCACAGCCCUCUCCUGUCCUGGACUGUUGGUCCCCCUACCCUGUGGUUUAGCUAAUGGCACUUUACAGACACCAUAAAAAUGUCAGGUGGAGUAUGUACUAGGGCCCCUGCAGGAGUAGGGUGUGUGCCAAGACUGUCCCAGGCUGUCAGCUUCCCUACCCCCAAGCUGUGCUAUCUAAAGGGAUAAUGUCUCCUUGGGAGGGUGGGGCUGUUCUUCCAGACUCGGUGACUUGGGGUCAAGGCCUCUUCCUGUUCCACCACCUACCUCUUCCUCCAGAGUUAUGUCAGGUGCAGAGUAAACAUGCCCUGAAGCUUUAGCGCUAAGGCCACUCAGGAGACCAGUCUCCCUUUCUCUCCAAAUGGAACUCUGGCAGCAGCCCUCGAGGGAACUGUGCCAGGCUCCGAUGGCACAGCAGAGCCCACAGGCUCCUGGGGAACUGCCCCUCUGCUUGGCACUGGGAGCACCAAGCACUGUUCCAGGAGGGAAAGUGCAUAAGAUUUGGGUGGAGACUAGCAUAUGUAUUUUGACCCAAAUCAAGCAUUUCUCCUGCCUACUCAGCACUAGGUUCUCUUAAGCAAAAGCCUGAGAAACGAGGCAGCAAUUUGAAUUCUGGAACUCCUGUGCAGAAUGGCACCCAAGGGACUUUUAUUAAGAGCAAGGCCACCAGUCUGUAGGGGAGUGGAGUCUGCAUGUCUGCUGGGGCUGGGGCAGGGCAGCUAUGCAGUGUACCCACCCUCGGGCCAGUCCCCCCUCAGACACUUUGAUAAUCACUGUGGUGGUUGGAUUUCCUCCCAAAUUUUUAAAAAUGGUCUCGGGAUUUCAUCCCUCAUCCCUCCUUCCCUGUUUCCUAAGGUGCAGUUUUAGGGUGUUAGGGUAACGAAGAGACCUCAUAUAGACCUUUGAGCCCCGUCGUUGCUUGUCACAUAAUAGCUUUGAGACCUUAAGCAAGUAUGUGACUUCACUCUUGAGCCUGUUCCCUCAUCUAUAAAAUGGGGAAAAUAAUAUGACCUACCUCAUAGGGACGUCGAGAGGACGAAAUGCUAGCACUCAGCACGCCCGGCACACAGCGCCCUGUUCCGCUUGAGCUGCUGUUUUCCCUGAAGGAUUAGUUGCAGCCUCUUCAGGGUCACACCUGGUCGAGGGGCUUCGGCCCAGACAGAACUGUCCUUGCUUGGCUGUUCCAGCAGGUGGGACACUGGGCCAGGGUGAGGACACAGCGUGGAGGUUCAGGGCUCACAUCUUUCUCACCACUCUCUACCGCUGUGUGACCCGUGUGUACUCUGCAUCCCUCUGAUGUGUGCGGGAGGUGACUGUUUUUUCAUGUCUGUCAGAGAAACAGCAGGGCCAAGAAGGAAGAAACACUACUGAAACCACACUACUUCCAACCGGGGCCGCAGAUCGUUCGGUCAGCAGCUUUCCCCGUCCACUGAGCAAGGAGCUGGCUGAGUCACUGACCACUGCUGGCCUGGCUCCAGGACUUUGUUCUGGGUUCCUUAAGAGUUCAUAGCUGAUGCCAAACUCACAGCUGAGCAGUAGCUUCAAUUCUUUUGUCUGCGAGUUGAAGGAAGAUGGAGCUGUUACCAGUGUUCCAGAAAUGUCCUGGGUAUUAAAUCAGCAUUGUUGUAAGACUGUUCUAGAAUAAAACUUAAUUGGAAAA